AUGAUGUCCUACAUUAAGCAGCCCCAUUACGCCGUCAACGGGUUAACUCUGUCCGGGCCCGGCAUGGACCUGCUACACUCAGCCGUUGCAUACCCAAACACUCCACGGAAGCAGCGUCGGGAGAGGACCACCUUCACCCGCGCGCAGCUCGACAUCCUGGAGGCGCUGUUCGCCAAAACUCGCUACCCCGAUAUCUUCAUGCGCGAGGAGGUUGCGCUCAAAAUCAACCUGCCCGAAUCUAGAGUACAGGUGUGGUUCAAGAACCGUCGUGCCAAGUGUCGGCAGCAGCAGCAGCAGAGCACGGGCCAGUCCAAGCCCCGGCCGCCCAAGAAGAAGGCGUCCCCCGCCCGAGAGUCCAAUGGCGCAGAUGCCAGCGGCGCCAGCACCAACGGGCCCUACUCCCCUCCGCCACCCCCGCCGGGCACAGCCAUCACCCCCAGCAGCACCAGCGCCACCGUGUCCAUCUGGAGCCCGGCCUCCAUCUCCCCCUUGCCCGACCCGCUCUCGGCCUCCUCCACGCCCUGCAUGCAGCGUGCCUCCGCCUACCCCAUGACCUACACCCAGGCGCCGGCCUAUAGCCAGAGCUACGGGGCCUCCUCCUCCUACUUCACGGGGCUGGACUGCAGCUCCUACCUGUCCCCCAUGCACCCGCAGCUGUCGGCCACCGGGGGCGCGCUGAGCCCCAUCACCGCCUCCUCCAUGGGCGGCCCGCUCAGCCAGUCCCCGGCCUCGCUCUCCUCCCAGGGCUACACGGCCGCCUCGCUGGGCUUCGGGGCCGUGGACUGCUUGGACUACAAGGACCAGGCAGCCUCCUGGAAGCUCAACUUCAACGCGGCCGACUGCCUCGACUACAAAGACCAGAACUCCUGGAAGUUCCAGGUCUUGUAG